UUGCAUCUGCUUCUGCCAGUGCUGGCAGUGGGCAUCUUUCUCAGCGCCCUUGACCAGACGCUCAUCGUCGCGACAUAUGCCAAGAUGAGCAGCGAUUUGAAGGCCCUGAACCGGACAAGCUGGAUCUCCACCUCAUAUUUCCUGACGCUCACCUGCUGUCAGCCACUCUAUGGCAAGUUGAGCGAUAUAUUCGGAAGGAAGCAGUGCCUCCUGUUCGCCUACUUCUUCUUCGGGCUGGGCUCAUUGGGCUGUGGGUUCUCGCAGGACAUCUGGCAGCUCAUCUUCUCCAGGGCGGUCGCUGGUCUUGGGGGCGGGGGCAUCAACGCCGUGACCUCCAUCCUCCUCAGUGAUAUCGUGCCUCUGCGCGACCGUGGUCUCUGGCAGGGUUAUCUGAAUAUCAUCUUCGGCGCCGGAACCGGAACUGGGGCCCCUGUGGGAGGGCUGGUGGCAGAGUCUCUGGGUUGGAGAUGGUCUUUUAUCGCGCAGGUGCCUCUUGUGGCCAUCGCCUGGGUCGGGGCCUACUCGGUCAUCCAGCUCCCCAGACGAGACACAUCCCACUGGCUCGAGAAGCUGGCCAAGGUGGACUUCCUGGGGGCCCUCUUCCUUGUCCUGGCCGUCCUGUCCCUCCUCUUGGGGCUCGACAACGGCAGCAACGAGGGCUGGAGCAAGCUGGUCACCAUCAUCCCCCUCGCCGCCUCGCCUGCCCUGUUCGCCAUAUUCAUUCUUGUCGAGAUCAAGGUUGCUUCGCACCCUUUUGCCCCGGGUCACAUCAUUUUCGAGAGGUCGCUGUUUGCGGGCUACCUCUGCAACUUCUUUGCCGUUUUUGGCCAGAUGUCGACCAUCUUCUACCUGCCGCUGCUGUACCAGGCUGUCGAUGGCCUCUCUGCCGUGCAGGCUGGACUGCUCCUGAUCCCCGUCACCAUCUUUGGCGUGUCAGCCUCGCUGGGGUCGGGGUAUAUCAUGCGGCGCACCGGUCGGUACUACCGGCUCACCAUCUUCAGCCUCCUCCUUCUGCUCCUCAGUGUCAUUCCCAUGGUGUUGUUCGCAGGUGCCUGGAUCAACUCGGAGGUGGGAACAUCGGUCGCCUUGGCCAUGGUGGCACUUGGCGCUGGCUCAGCAAUCACCACAACUCUCGUGGCACUCCUCUCCAACGCCUCCAAGGACGACACCGCCGUGGUUGUCGCCUGCUCGUACCUGUUCCGCAGCCUGGGCACCUCCAUUGGCGUCAGCGUGGCGUCAGCCAUCCUACAGCAGGUGCUGCGGGCGCAGUUGGCCUCGAGGCUCGGCAGCGGCGAUGCGGCGGAGGCCAUCGAGCAGCGCGUAAGGGAGAGCCUGGACUAUAUCAAGCUUCUGGAGCCUGGAACGGCGGCGAUCGUCAGGCGGUGUUAUCAGAUUGCUACCAUACAUGUGUUUGGGUUUCAGGCGCUGCCUUUUGCGUUGGCGUUCUUGUCAUCGUUUUUCAUUCGGGAGAAGAGCUUGAACAAGUAG